AUGAUGAAAAUGAUGAUGAUGUACAUGAUAAUGAAGAUGAUGAAGUACAAGGUGAUGAUGAUGAUGAUGAUGAUGAAGUACAUGAUGAUGAUAGUAGAAAAAGUUGAAGUAGAAAUAGAAGAUGAAGUAGAAGUUGAAGAUAAAGUAACAGUAGAAGAUGCUAUAAAAAGAGAAGAUGUAGUAGAAAUAGAAGAUGAUGUAGAAUUUGAAGUAAAAGAUAAUGUAACAGUAAAAGAUGAAAAAGAAGUAGAAGAUGAUGUAGAAGUUAACGUAGCAGAUAAAGUAAAAGUAAAAGAUGAAGAAGUUGAAAUAGUAAUAGGAAAUGUAAUAGAAGUAAAAGGUGAAGUAGAAGUAGAAGAUAAAGUAACAGUAGAAAAUGAAGUAAAAGUAGAAGAUGAAGUAGAAGAUGAUGUGGAAAAUAAAGUGGAAAAUGAAGUAGAAGAAGAAGAUGAGAUAGAAGUAGAAGAUGAAGUAAAAGAUGAAAUUGAAAAGCUGAAGAAGAAGAAGAAGAAGAAAGAUGAAAUGAAAAAUGAAGUGAAAGCUGAAGAAGAAGAUGAAGUAGAAAAUGAAGUAGAAGUAAAUGGAGAAGAUGAAGUAGAAGAUGAGUAG